UCAACGAUAAGUUAGGCGGAUUUUUCCAGUAGUAUGAUUUAAUGACAAGUGAAGCGAUUAUUUUAUUUUUAGAAGAAAUAUUAGAUAUGUAUGAAAUAUAGAAUAUAUAUAAUCUAAAAAGAAGAAGGACUGUUUUCAAUAGUGAUUUAAUGUAUUUCGUAUAUAUUAUAAUGUGAACAUUACAAGGAUAAUUUUUAUUUGGAGACUAACAGAUGAACCAUGUCAGACGCUUUUGAGGAGAUACAAGCGAUCAAAAUAAAGAGAAACAGCCUUCGUGAGAAACUGCAGAAAAGAAAACGAGAGAGACAUGAAUUGUUCACUCUCACUUCCACGCCGGUGCCAUCCACCCUCACAGAAUCAACAGAUCCUGGUAUCAAAUAUUCUAACACAUCACUGCGCUCUGAUCAUAAUGAAUAUGAGAGAGACAUACUCUGCAUCUUGCACGAAUCUCUGCCGAAUUUGCCAAUCACAUCUGCUGAUCUGAUAGAUCAACUGCGCAAAAAUUUAAAUGCAGAUGUGUCCUCCUCAGACAUCCACAAGAUUCUGGAGAAACUUGCUGCACAGGAUAUAGUUAAGAUCAAAGAAGUCACGGAGAAUGGGAUAUUUGGAUACACAGUACUCUCCUUCACAGAAUCCCAAUCAUCGUAUCAGUCACAGUCUGACGACACGGAAAACGCGGAGAGCACUGAGACUUCCGCGUCCGAAUUGAAUGACUACAUGCUAGCGGAGAAGCAAGCAAAGAUAGAAAAGAAAAAUACUGAGGACAUCAUGUCCUUGAUCUCAAUGCCGACGAUUCGAGAGAAGGAGAGCAAAAAGGUCGGCGAGCAGAUUCUGGAUCUACUGUCCAAGCAGACCUCCAAAGAGAAAUCGCUAGCAGAGCGUUUUCGCUCCCAAGGCGGCGCCCAAGUCAUGGAGUUCUGCCCACACGGUACGCGGGUGGAUUGCAUGAAGCUGAACGGCGGCCCGGGAUUCGCGGAGAAGUGCAAAAAGCUACACUUCAAAAAGAUCAUACAGAGCCAUACGGAUGAAUCAUUGGGCGAUUGCAGUUUUCUCAACACCUGCUUCCACAUGGACACGUGCAAAUAUGUCCAUUACGAGGUGGAUGGCCCUACAGCACAGCCAAAGGAAACCAACGACUCGGACAGCCCCAGCAACACCACGACUAAUAAAACAUUGAGUCUAGAUAGUAAAAACGGCAGCGGCACCAGCAGUAACGUCGGAAGCGAGCUGACUUUGUAUCCACCGCAAUGGAUCCAGUGCGACCUACGUUACUUGGAUAUGACAGUACUUGGCAAGUUCGCCGUGAUCAUGGCCGACCCACCAUGGGACAUUCACAUGGAACUGCCUUACGGCACCAUGUCGGACGACGAAAUGAGACAGUUAGGUAUCCCAGCACUUCAGGAUGAAGGACUUCUAUUCUUGUGGGUAACUGGUAGAGCUAUGGAGUUGGGUAGAGAGUGUUUGCAGUUAUGGGGCUAUGAGAGGGUCGACGAGAUCAUCUGGGUGAAGACUAAUCAAUUGCAGAGAAUAAUACGUACGGGUAGAACCGGCCAUUGGCUGAACCACGGCAAGGAACACUGCCUAGUCGGCAUGAAAGGUAAUCCUCGCAUCAAUCGAGGUCUGGACAGCGAUGUAAUUGUUGCAGAAGUGCGCGCUACCAGCCAUAAACCCGACGAGAUUUAUGGCAUCAUCGAACGCAUGAGUCCCGGUACGAGGAAGAUUGAACUGUUUGGUCGGCCGCACAAUGUGCAGCCAAAUUGGAUCACUUUAGGUAAUCAAGUAGAUGGCGUCCAUCUGAUCGACCCGCAACUGAUCAAAGCCUUUAAGAAACGUUACCCCGAUGGAAACGCAAUGAAACCGACUAAACCGUAAAAAUAUCGAAAAUCGAAAGUUCGAAUGACACUAUUGGCUAAAAUCAGCCACUUUGUUGAAGAUUUAAAGAAAUGAAUCUUGUAAAACUUGUUCUUAGGAAGAAUAAAAUAUAUCAACAAUUUUUUAAUCAAA